AUGCAGGCCGUAAGUUGUUCGAAAGAGUCGAAGUUCUUUGCCAUACUCGUGUUGACGAGGACGCCAACUCCACCAACACCUCUACUGUCGCAUGUUCCUAAGAACAGUUCUCCAGUUUCACAUACGGCGUUGAGAGGGUGGCGUCGUCUCGUCUCGGCUCAGGGUAGCCAUAUCAAACUCGCAAAAGUGGACGCCACUGUAGAGAAAACUCUUGCCGAGAAAUAUGGCGUUUCUGGCUUUCCAACACUUAAGGUCAUGCGGAACGGAAGGAGAUUCGAAUAUAAAGGUCCACGCGAAGCUUAUGGAAUUGUCAAAUAUAUGACUGAACAAGCAUUGCCAGCGGCGAAAAAACUAGACGGAGUCUUUGAGGUGGAAAGGUUCAUGGUGAAGGAUGAUGUGACGAUUAUUGGGUUCUUUGCUACAGAAUCUUCUUCCGCUUUUGAGGCCUUCUCUGAUGCUGCGGAAAUGCUUCGCGAGGAGUUCAAAUCCAUGGGCUAUGUAUCGGAUCCGAAAGCUUUCAAAAAGUACGAUGCAAAACCGAAUGACAUCAUCAUCUUUUAUCCUUCUCUUUUCCAAAGCAAAUUCGAGCCUAAGAGCAGGACAUUCAACAAGGCAGGUGCUACUCCCGAAGAGCUGUUGUCGUUCUUUCGCGAUCAUUCUGCUCCUCUUGUCGGCAAGCGAACUAGAAGCAAUGUCGCUACCCGAUACUCUAAAUUCCCACUUGUUGUCGUCUAUUACAAUGCAGAUUUUUCGCUGCAGUACCGAGAGGGUAGCGAAUACUGGCGUCAGAAAGUCCUUAAUACCGCACAAAAGUAUCAAAAAGAUAAGUACAUCUUCGCAGUGUCUGAUGAGGAGGAAUUCGCUGAGGAACUCGAAAGCGUCGGUUUAGCGGAUUCCGGACUAGAACAUAACGUUAUUGUGUUUGGAUAUGAUGGCAAAAAGUAUCCGAUGGACCCCAACGAAUUUGAUGAUGAGCUUGAAGAAAAUUUGGAAGGUUUUAUGAAGAAAAUCAGUGGUGGCAAGGCUAAAGCUUUCGUCAAAUCUGCUCCCCUACCUCGUGAUGAUAAGGGUCCUGUGCGGACGCUGGUUGGAUCAAACUUUGAUAAGAUUGUUAACGAUGAAAGCAAGGAUGUGCUUAUUGAAUUCUAUGCUCCAUGGUGUGGUCAUUGCAAGGCUUUUGAGCCAAAGUACAAAGAGCUUGCAGCAAAUCUGAAGAAAACGCAACCAAAUCUGAUUGUAGCUAAAAUGGACGCUAUCGCUAAUGAUGCUCCUUCUGCAUAUUCAGUCGGAGGAUUCCCUACCAUUUACUUUGCACCUAGCGGAAAGAAAUCAACCCCGAUUAAGUACGAAGGAAAUCGAGACUUGGACCACUUGACGAAAUUCAUGGAAAGCAACGCGGUGAAAUCAUUCCAGAAGAAGGAAGAACUAUAG